UAUAACUCGGCUCCCACUGUCACCACCACCAGUACGCAGGACAUCAGCGUUUCCCUUUCACUUUGCUGGCCAGCUGCUCCAUCACAUUACAAGUCAUUCUCGCCACCGUGCUUUCCUUUUGCUUGGAGUGAAAUUAAGAUGAGCAGCGCCGGCGGCGGCAUGGUGGCGCCGUUCGUGGCCAAGACGUACGGCAUGGUGGACGACCCGGCGACGGACGCCGUGGUCGCGUGGGGGCCGGCCAGCAACAGCUUCGUCGUCGCCGACCCCUUCGCCUUCUCGGAGAUGCUGCUGCCGGCGCACUUCAAGCACGCCAACUUCUCCAGCUUCGUCCGGCAGCUCAACACCUACGGCUUCCGCAAGGUCGACCCGGACCGCUGGGAGUUCGCGCACUCCUCCUUCCUCCGCGGCCAGACGCACCUCCUCCCCCGCAUCGUGCGCCGCCGCCAGAGCGGCGGCGCCAGGCGUCCUUCCAAGGACGACCACGCGGAGGAUGAAGACAGCAGCAGCGCCAUGUUGGCCAUGGAGGUGAUGCGGCUCAAGGAGGAGCAGAGGGCCACCGAGGAGCGCGUGGCGGCGAUGUGGCGCCGGGUGCAGGACGCCGAGCGCCGGCCCAAGCUGAUGCUCGCCUUCCUCCUCAAGGUCGUCGGAGACCCCGACGUGCUGCGCCGCCUCAUGGGCAGCUCGAGCAGCGACGCCGGAUUAUUCCCGGGCGACGGCGCGGAGCCCAAGAGGCCGCGUCUGCUUCUCGACGGGGAAGUCCAUGUGGGAAAGAAGAUGCGCGUCGACGGCGACGGGAUGUUGUACGGCACCGACCGGCAGGAUGUCUUCGUGCGGGAACCAGGGGCCGACUUCGCUGGGUUCUACACCGGAGGCGACGGGUUCAGCGACGUGCCGGUGGACGACCCGCCGUACGUUUUCCCAGUGGACAGCGGCUACUGAGUUCGAUCAGCUCGUGUUUUUAUCUCCGGCUGUUCGCCGACACGUUUGGGUAGGGUACUUAUGUAGUAGGAUUUUCUUUUUCUUUUUUGAGACGAAGUGGUAGGAGUAGUUUUGUGGCAAACUACUACGGAGUAUAUAUGUGAACAAGUGAACCUAUACAAAACCAA